AUGUUCCACAUGGACCAGCUCAUACGGUCCCGCAGGCUCAUACGCGAUGUGACGUACAGAUGGAUCCCAUUCCUCUUCGUCGUCCUGACCGUCGUCAUCUCGACGACGCUGCUGAGCACCGGCGGCCGCCCACCCCGCGGCAUAGUAGUCACCUUUGGCGUGCUCGCCGGCCUGCUCGUGGUCGUCUUCCUCGCGUGCCACCUCAUGAUGUACUGCACCCGGAUCAAGCAUGACAUGGAUGCCGAGAGGGCCAGCGGUGGCAAGGAUAACGAUGAUGCAAGUGUCCCACCGGACUUCUUACCGGCAAGACGCAAUGCCGGAACCCAGGCGGGGCGUGAGGAGAUAGAUACCCCCAGCCCUCGGCCGGACGAGCGACGCCGACAGAGCCAGGCUCCUCCAAGCAUUCGGGCCAGCAGCUAUGUUCCGGGCCGCUUCUCCGCGGCGCGGUAUACCCCAUCGCCGCUCAGCCAAGUAACGGGACAACGGUUCACCGCAUAUCGGCCACAGUCCCAGUUCACGACAGGGGGUAGGGUGAGCCAGCGCCAGAGCCAGGACCAGGACCGGCCUGCGACACCAUCAGCCUUGGAUCAAACUUGGAGGGACGGUAGUAUGCGCCAUAGCUCAGCAGUCGUCGCCCCUCUGCAACUUACCCGGCCACAACAAACCCAAGAACCAACAGUCCAGCCUGAACCACCCCGCGGUCUGGGACCCGGUGAACCACCGCCGCCGCCCUCACGGGACACGGCCGUGAGGAGCCCCACGCCACACCACCACCAACAACAAGGAGGGCAGAGACCACCAAGGCCCGCCGUGCCCGACUACCGGCCCCGUGACGCGACCACCGAGGAGCUGUCCCACGGGAUCUCGGCCGCCUUCAGCAGCACCACCACCAACGCCAAGCCGCCGCAGAUCCGGGGCCCCGCGGUGCAGGCGCGGCUUGCGCUCCUCGGCGGCGGCGGGCUUGAUAUCUGGGGCGUCGUGGCGCGGGUCCUCCUGUCUGGUGGUGGUGGUGGUGGUGGUGGUGGUGUCAAGCGGCUGCGGCGCAUGUCGGCCGACGACGUCCUCAGCCAGCGGCGGCGGUCUCCGUGGGGGCUCUGUGGCGGCGAGGAGGAUGCUGCUGCUGCUGAGGUGGUGGUCGUGCGGGAUCUGCGCUGUAAUAAGGCUGUCCGGGUGGUGCACCGCGGCGCCGGCGGGGGGCUGGAGAGGCGCCGGAGCCUGAGGGGGUCGGUGCGGUGGGUGCGGGUGCGGGACUCGGGUGAUAGCGCAGGCGCAGGCGCAGGCACUGCCUUCGGACACGGUGGCGGCGGUCUCGGCUACAUCGGGCUCGAGUGGGUCGUGGGACACCUCGCCCUCGUCGAGCGUGGCGUCGGAAUUGGUCUGUCUGCGGCCGGGGUCAGCCUCGAGUGUGGCCUUGGAUGA